GGGUUCUUGGCAUUUGGGUUGCAUGACGAUUUGCAUCAACGGGAGAGAUUCAACACUUGCAUUAGGUGCGUCAACAAAAACGGUUUUUGCCCAACGUUUUCGUUCAACGACCGAACCAACGUUGUUUUAGUUUUUGUUUUCUUUGUGUGCUUUUGAAGUUUUACGAAAAACACAAAAAGGAACAGACCCGCGCUUCCAAGCAAAUCUUUUUCUCAAUCUCGUUCUACCACUUUAGCACAAGCUAGCGAGCGUUCCAUCAUCAACUCAAUCAAAUAGAAAGAUACCGCAAGUCACACAUGGCGAAGCAUAAACGGAAGACGUCAACACAAGCAACUCCGCAAAGCGGAGGUUCAGACACAUCUGCAGAUACAGUACCGAACUCGACCGCUCCUACCGUCACAAUCGGCCACAAGCGCCGUCUGACUCCGCCAGGUUCUGGGAUACCUACGCCAACGGAUGUGACGCCCGUUCCAGGUACACCCGUCGAGCGGCGGCCAGUCAAGUCAGAUGGUCCAUCAGGAGUCGUCCUCCUUGCGGAUGAAUCCUCAUCGAAAAAAUGGCGUAAUGCUGCUGUCCGCACUCUGUGGACGUUUGUCAUGAUCUUUGCUUUUCUCGGAAUUUUGUUGGCGGGACACGCGUACGUUGUGCUCUUUGUCGUCGUGCUGCAGGUGUUGGUAUACAAGGAAGUCAUCUACAUUGGAGUGUCCCCGGCGAGAGAUAGGAAGCUACCAUGGAAUCGAUUUUUCCAUUGGUACUUUCUCAUGGCGACCAACUACUUUCUGUACGGCGAGACUCUCAUCGAACGAUUUAAGCCAUAUUUUUAUGUCGACGCUUUCCUGAUGCCUCUUGCCACUCAUCACCGAUUCAUCAGUUUUUGUCUCUAUACCCUCGGUGUUGUCUUGUUUGUCAUCAACCUGAAGAAAGGACACUACAAGUUCCAAUUUUCUCAAUUCGGAUGGACGCACAUGGUUUUGUUGAUUGUGGUUUGUCAGAGUCAUUUCAUCAUAAACAACAUAUUUGAGGGGUUGAUUUGGUUCCUCCUCCCGGCGGCUUUGGUGAUCUGCAACGAUAUCGCCGCAUACGUGUUUGGAUUCUUCUUUGGACGGACGCCCCUCAUUGCCCUCAGCCCCAAAAAGACUUGGGAAGGGUUUCUCGGUGCAUUAUUCAGCACAGUCGUCUUUGGGUGGUUCUUUUCGGGCUAUUUGUCUCAGUUCCCCUACAUGUACUGCCCAGUGCGGGAUUUCAAAACCUCUUCACUUUCUGGCAUCCAAUGCGUUCCCAACCCCGUUUUUGUACUCAAGGACUACCGCCUCCCACCGAUGCUCAGCGGUCUCCUUCGCUUUGUACUCCCAUUUGCUGGCGUUCCCUUCCGCACCGUAAGCUUCUACCCAAUGCAACUUCACUCGCUCGCUAUGGCCAUAUUUGCGUCAGUUGUGGCACCUUUUGGUGGAUUCUUUGCAUCUGGAUUCAAGCGCGCCUUCAAGAUUAAGGAUUUUGGCGACUCUAUUCCCGGCCACGGCGGUAUUACGGACCGAAUGGACUGUCAGUUUUUGAUGGGAUUGUUCAGCUACAUGUAUUUCAAGAGCUUCAUUGGCGCUUAUGAAGGUGUAACGGUCGGAAGUGUGCUAGAGCUUGCGGUGCAAAGUCUAAAAGAGGCAGAGCUAGUUGAGUUGGUAGGGAAACUGAGAGAGUUUCUUGAUGGACAGGGGAUUGAAUUGUGAUUAUGGUAUCUAAAAGCUCCUCAGAUGCAUGGGCGAGCCUGCACUUUUUUUUCCUUUGUUUAGAAGUUUUCGUUUUGGGUUGACUGCUUUAUUAUUUUCUUAUUGUUAAUGUAUGGCAAGAUGCAAACGAUAAAUCAAUCGCUGUAUUGCUCUAGAAUCUAUAUUAACGCAGUUGCAUUCUAAAGUCG